UUGCUUUUUUCCUUUUGCUGUGCUUUGUUUGGCUUGGCUUGGCUUGGCUUGGAUGAUGCCCAGGCUCCUCCUCGUGCUCGGUCUGUUUGGCUGUGGCGAUGAUGGCAUUGCGAUGCUACGUUGCUUUGUGAUGCUAUGGUGCUGUGCCAUGCUGUGCUGGUACUGCCGCUUCUUCUGCUGUGAUGUGCUGUGACUGAGCGUGGGUCUGCUCUGUCUCCUGUUUUUCUUCUGUCGGCUUUCCCUUUGUUGUUGUCGUCGUCGUUCUCCUGUCUCACAGCAGGAACCUUUCUUCCCCUCCUCGAGAACCAUCCAGUUAUGGCAUAAUUCGCCCCGCAAAUUUCAUGGCUUCGUAACCCCCCCCCCCCCCUGGGGCGUUUCUCCUCAUCUUUCCACUUGACUGGUGUUUUUUUUUUUUUUUUUUUUUUUUUUUUUUGGUUCCCGCAACGCUCGUCGCUUCUUCCCCGUGAAAAGUUCUUCAAUUUCGCUGACCAGUGGACUUCAGUGCUGCACGCGCUGGGCGCGGGCUUGGAGUUCCGAGGUUGUUGGUGAUGCGAAUGUUGUGAAGGUCGUUGGGUUUUUUCGGAGAGGCGCAAGGUUGAGGAGGAUCGAGGAUUUCGCUGAAGCUGGGAAAGGACAUUGCAGGAAGGUUGGUCUGGGUUCUUGAUGCGGUUUGCAUACAUCGCUAGAUUCUUGAAAGAGGGUUAAGCAUGCUAUGAGGUGGUGGGUCAGUUGAACGUGCCUCAACGGGGGUAUGAUGCGUGAAUGUUGUCUAUGGGCGACAUGUCACAGCAAUGGAUGAACUGAUUACCCUUUAAGAGGUACUUGGAAGCAUCUUCCUCUUCCUGGAAAGAAAAUGCAGGAAGAUAUCCUCUAAAGGAGGGGUGGAUCGUCUAUUGUGGACGAGGGUAGUAAAUUAGAUGUUUGGUGGGGGCGAGGAAUCUGGUGGGUAUUAUGCGAAUCGGCUGCCCAAACAUCCUCGUCUUUCUAGAAUGCAAGGGUUUGCUGAGCAAAUGAAUGCGGAAGCAGGCCUGUUGCAGCGAGGUAAGCAACCGCGGCCUUUGGAGGAUGGUAAUUGGGUUUGCGAUGAUCCUUCUUGCGGGAACGUGAAUUAUCCAAGGAGGACUGAGUGCAACAAGUGUGGGAAGCGUAGAGGACCCCUUGGGGAUGCAGUUGUGAAGGCCUACAUAGAUACUAUAAAAAUUGCCCGCGAUAUGCCUUCUGGGUCAGGGAUAGCUCCACAUUUGAUGUCAGGAGGAGACCAAGGGGGGCUACUGACCCGAAACAUGAUGUCACAUAUGGCAGCCACUGAAACACAGCAAUCUGGGAUGUCAAUCUCACCUGGUUCUAGCCAUGCAACUGUUGGAGAAAUAGAUUACUGGAUGGGUGGAGGGUUUGAUGCACCUUUGCUGCCAUCUUUCGCAUCACAUUAUGUGACUGGAGAUGGCUGUGUUUCUGGCCGAAGAUCCACUUUUAGUGCUGCAACUGAAGGGAAGCGAUUAGCGGAGCAACUGGUAGCCUCGUUUGCUGCGUCCACAGAUCCCAUGGGAGACGCCGGCGAAUGCUUGGCCUCCGCUGCGCUUUGGUUACAAACGAUGAAGUCUAGAAUGCAAACUGGAGAAUCAGGUGGCCAAGGCAACCUCGCCAUCAAUUCUGGACCUGGUCUAUCACAUGGCAAAAAUUUGGGAAAUUAUUUAGCAAGAGGUAAUUUAGCUGGAGCAGUUGGAAGCCCGUCAGCGGUUCGUGGAAUCAUGGUUCGUCCUGGUGUGCGCUUCGAAGAUUAUAAAGAUCGACCUAGCGAUUUCUUGCGGGAAUUUGGCGAUCCUGCAGCAGUUAAUGCAACAGCAAUGGGAGGCGGCCAGAAGCCUGAGUCAGGAGUUAAUGGCAACUGGGAAUGUGAAGACUGUAAAAAUGUUAAUUUCCCUAGGCGGGUGGGGGCUGCAUUAGGAUCAACUGCUUUCAAUGCCACAAGCGGCGGGGGCUUAAAGGAGACGAAAUCGUUCGCAAGUAUGUUCGCACUUUGAUUGACGACCCAGGAAGCAUUCGCACCUGAUAAAUCGGCGCUGGUUCCGCUCCUCCUGCGUGCUCACUUCGAACUUGUAUCAAAAGUUUACAAAACACUCACUGUUCUUCCAUUGCCAGGAUGAUCACUUUGCGUGGAAGUGGUAUUGAUUGGGUCGCUCAUCAGGGUUGGCUAGGCUUCACCGUGGCCUGCAAACAGUAUCUGGAUUUACUCCCUAACAUUCACUUGACCAAUAGUGUGAUUGGCCUACUGUCGUUAGCUUUUUCUCCUCUUUUGUUUUCUCUUUUAUAGGGUGUUCGACUAUCCUCUUGUUGUAGCUAGAUCUAGUGCAAUCUCAACUCUCUACUUCUGGUCUGUAGGAAGAAAAAUAGCAAAAAUAGCCAAAAUAGUAAAAGAAAAGAAAAGAAAAAGCAAUCUGUCGAUAUUUCAUGGUGCCUUCCUCCAGGGGUUGCCUUUGUGUUUUAGUGAAGAAGCGUAACAACGUAGCCAAGGAGAAUAAGACAUGGAUGUCAAAUCUCCAAUAAAAAAACAGGAAAGGAAGGAAGUUACUGCAAGGGGCAUCAGUUUCUGAAACACCCAACGGUUCGUGUCUCUGAUUCAGCAUGGGAUUUGUGCAGUGCAGUGCUCUCGUCACGGUGUUGCCGGCCUUUGUACUUACCUUGGUGUCAUGCAUAUAGUCUGGAUUUAGAUCCGUGAAGUAAGGCUAUUGUGGGCAUGCCAUCACGAUGUGUGUGCCUGUGUUUGCUCAGUCUAGACACCAGCUUCAUGCAGUUAAUCUGCUCUUCAGUCCAAAAGGGCAGAGAUUGUUUCAUUAACUUUCAAACCUUUUGGUCAUCUGUGGGCUAUUUUGAACCAAUACAAUGUUGAAACCAAGAAGACCUUUUCCUAUUCUUUGAAAA